AUGGUGAAAGAGACAAAGCUCUACGAUCAACUAGGCAUCCAACCUAGCGCGACACAAGAAGAAAUCAAAAAGGCAUACAGGAAAGCAGCGCUGAAAUGGCAUCCUGAUAAGAACAAAGACAACCCACAAGCCAACGAAAAGUUCAAAGAGGUAUCGCAGGCCUACGAGAUCCUUUCUGACCCCGAGAAGCGCAAGACAUACGACCAAUUCGGCCUCGAGUUCUUACUACGGGGUGGACAGGCGGCGCCAGAGGAUGGUGGAGCCGGUGGUAUGCCAUUCGAUGGUUCAGGAGGCUUUCCUGGAUUUGGAGGCAUGGGAGGAGGCGGUGGUACUCGAACAUUCCACUUUUCCACUGGCGGAGGUGCAGGGGGCUUCCAUUUCAGCAAUCCAGAGAGCAUAUUCUCGGAGUUUCUCAGAGGUCAAGGAGGCAUGGGAGAUGAGGACGAUUUUGGAGGCUUUGGUGGGAUGGGAGGUAUACCAGGCAUGAAGGGCCGAACUACGAGCAGUCGGUUCGACGGUGCUGGGCGCCGCGCUCCUACCCCUGAGGUUACUGUAGUGGAAAGGGAACUUCCAGUUAAUCUAGAAGACCUGUUCAACGGCACCACAAAGAAGAUGAAGAUCAAGCGAAAGACAUUCGACCCGCAAACACAGAAGCAGAGUCUGCAAGACAGAAUUCUAGAGGUACCGAUCAAGAAGGGCUUGAAAGCCGGUUCAAAGAUCAAAUUCUCCGAUGUUGGCGAUCAGGUUGAAGGCGGUACCCAGGAUUUGCACUUCAUAGUCAAGGAAAAACCUCACCCCCUGUUCCACCGAGACGGAGACGAUAUCACCCAUAACGUAGAGCUCGACCUCAAAGAGGCGCUGACCGGCUGGAGUCGUACUGUACAAACCAUUGACGGCAAGCAAGUAAAGGUCGCAUCGGGUGGACCGACGCCGCCGACGUGGAAGGAACGGUUCCCUAAUCUCGGCAUGCCGAAAAGCAAGAAACCCACCGAAAGAGGCGACUUUGUCGUUGGUGUCAACAUUAAGUUUCCAACCAACCUGACGGCUAAUCAGAAGACACAACUGAAAACGAUUCUAUGAGACAAAUGAUAGUAGGAGAAUUCAUGAAAGCAUAAGUAGCGGCGUCUGGAGUUUUCCCUCAUGUAUGAUGUUGACGUAUAAGGAGGCUGGGUUUCAGAAGCCAGUUAUGUAGUCAUGCCGUUUUUUUUCAAACGUAGAAUGCGGUGCAUAACCGUACUCAAAAACUGAGCAUCCACAAUCAACAUGUGUUGCGUG